AGCGCGACAGCGCGACAACGCGACAACGCGACGCUAGUCUAGCGGGGAGCGCAAGACGCACCCGUCAUGCCUCCCAGACCAGAGGCAUCGUUACGAUCCGCCAUCCCCGAUCUGGGGUGCUCAUCGCGGCUCACUCGAUCGCACGUUACAUCCCACGCCCACGCCCACGCCCACGGGCUAUAAGCUCGACCUCCACGCCUCCAGUCUUCACAUCCCCCUCUAUCCCAUCCUACUCACUUCAAUCUCACCAUGGAUUUCCUCAAGCAGGCUCAGGGCGCUCUCGGCGGUGCUGCCGGCGGCCAGCAGCAGCAGCAGGGUGCCCCCGCCGGUGCCGCCGGUGCCGCCGGUGUUCAGCCCGGCCAGGCUGGCGCCGCGGGCCAGGCUACGGGCCAGCAGGAUGCGCUUGACAAAGGCGUAGACACGCUCCUCGGCCGCAUGGGUCACGCGCAGAACGCGCAGACGACCGAGAAGAUCUCGGACGGCGUCCGCUCGGCGUUCAAGUCGCAGGCGACGGGCAAGGACGUGCCGAUCCAGGACAAGCAGUAGGACAAGGAGCAGAUGUGAUGCAAACAAGUUGAGCUGA